AUGACCAGGAAAGAAUCUGCAGUGGAUGUAUUGAUUAUAGGAGCGGGCCCGGCAGGCCUCGUCGCCGCCCUGUGGAUGUCAAAAUGCGGUAUCAACACUCGCCUGGUCGAGCAACGGCCAUAUCACCUUCGAGUUGGCGGUGCAGACGGGAUCCACCCGCGGUCAAUGGAGAUGUUCGAGAGUUUCGGCAUCGAUGAGGAGAUCACACAGGUAUGGGAACCCAUCACAGGGUGGGCGCUUUGGUGUCGAAAUGCAGAGGGCGCUCUCGCCAGAUCCGCCCGUAUGGAGAACCCUACGCCAGUGCGCUGCAGAUGGGGUCCGGGACUUCUACAACAGGGCAUCAUUGAACGGAUCGUCAAGCAGCAUAUCUUGGAACAAUCUUGUGUUCAGAUCGACUAUGAAACUACACCUAUCUCCCUUGUUAUCAAGGAAGAUUCGCUGGGUGAUCCGGACAGUCAUCCGUGUGUGCUUACUUUACGCCAUGAUGACGGUGCUGGGGUAUCCGAUGAACUCGUACGGGCGAAAUAUGUCAUUGGGGCUGAUGGAGCACGCUCGUGGACCAGGAAGCAAUUGGGAUUUGAAAUGCAAGGAACCCGGACUCGGUCCGUCUGGGGAGUGACGGAUCUGGUCGUCGUGUCCGACUUUCCGGACAUCCGGUUAUGCUCCACGAUCAAUAGCUACGGUGAAGGAGGGCUCUUCUUUCUCCGUCGAGAGCGCGGCCUGAUCCGUUUCUAUGUCCAGCUAAAUCGUGCCGAUGAAGAAUUGCCUGCUACUUCAAUUACGCAAGAACUUAUCAUUGAAACACUGCAGAAACUGCUGAGGCCGUAUACAUUGAGUGUCAAGCGUUGUGAAUGGUGGUCAACCUAUACCGUAGCCCACUACCUCAGUGAUGGUAUGACCAAGUACGAUCGCAUAUUUCUUGUUGGAGAUGCUGUACACAACCACUCACCCUUGGUCGGUCUCGGCAUGAACAUUAGCAUGCAAGACUCGUAUAACCUUGGAUGGAAACUUGCAGGCGUGCUCAAAACAGAAUUGAACUCCACAAUUUUAUCAACCUACGAGUCCGAGCGACGUCCUGUUGCCGAAGAGCUAAUUGAAACGGAUCGCUUCCAUUUACAGCUCUUUGAUGCUGUCACCGCGACAGGCUCAGAACCGGCUUGGAUGCUGGAGCGCGAGGAGGCUAUGCAGCCUUCGAUGCAAGGGUUCGCUGUCAACUACCUAGACCCGCUCCUUACUGCCGCUGUUGGGAUAAAUCGCAGACCUGGCGCCCUGAUAGAGCUGGGGAAGCGUUUCCCGCAACUUAACGUGGCGAAUCAUGCCACGGGGAAAGUCUACUCGAUACAAACACUGCUCAAAAGCGAAGGAAAGUUUCACGUCGUUGUUUUUGCAGGAGACCUCUCCAUUCCACAUGAGCUAAACAGGUUCAAUACCUUUGGCACUGCGCUGAAACAAAUCGAGAACCAGAUCAUGGUAAAGUUCAAUGUUAUUGCCGUACACCGGGCCAGUAAGACAGCGACUGAGCUUGCCAGCAUGGCGGAAAUUUUCUUUCCUGUUGAUGAGACUACGGGGCGAGACUACGACCGAGUCUAUUGCGACAUGGAGACAAACUAUGAGGAGGCUGGGAUCGGCGAAUAUGGAGCGGUGGUGCUGGUCCGCCCGGACCAGUAUGUAGGAUGGAGUGGCGAGCUGGAGGAUGUCCAAGACUUGACACGCUAUUUGCAGCCAAUUUUUGAGACGAAAAAGCAAGUUCCAUACAAUAAUUAG